AUGUGGGACGAAGACGACGUGUUGUUAAUUUCCGCAGCUUUUGUCGUUAUUGCCGGCUCUUUACUACGAAAACCUCGAAGAUUCUGGGUGCGAAGAGGCCUUCAAAAUCGUGACAAUGAAGAUUUUCUUAAUAGAUUACAAGAAGAUGACUGUGAUGUGUUAAACUUAGAAUACAGAAGCAACGGUGGAUUCAAAGAUUUUUUUAAAAUGUCAAGUAGUGAUUUUGAAUUACUUCUUCAACUGAUUGGACCAUCAAUUAACAAAAAUGAUACAAAAUGGAGAACUGCUUUAACUGCAAAAGAAAAACUCGGAGUUACUUUAAGAUAUUAUGUAUCUGGAGACUCAUUUGGAAGUUUAAUGCAGACAUUCAAAAUUUCACAGCAAAGUGUUUCUGAAAUAGUACCUGUAGUAAGUCAAGCUUUAAUCACAGAGUUGAAGAGCUUUAUGCAGAUGCCAAAUACCGAAGAAAAGUGGAAAAAUAUAGCAAAGGGUUUUAACGAUAAAUGGAACUUUCCGAAUUGUCUCGGUGCGUUAGAUGGGAAACAUGUGCGAAUUGAAGCACCAUUUCACAGUGGCACUGAUUACUACAAUUUUAAAGAAUACUUUAGUAUUGUGUUAAUGGCACUUGUAGAUUCUGAUUAUAAUAUCCUGUAUGCUAAUGUUGGAUGCCAAGGUCGAAUAUCAGACGGCGGAGUUUUUUCAAAUACUAUAUUGGACAAUAUAGAAACAUUGAAUGUGCCAGAAGACAGUGAGCUUCCUGGGAGACCGUGCCGGACACCAUACGUAAUUAUAACUGAUAAUGCAUUUCCUUUAACAGAAAGAUUUAUUAAACCAUACACAUCUUUAGGGAAAAAGGGAUCGAAAAUUAGAAUUUUCAAUUAUCGUUUGAGUCGAGCACGUCGGAUGGUUGAAAGUACUUUCGGAAUUUUAAGUAAAGUGUAUGGGUGCUUUCGAAGACCGUUCAAAUUACAACCUAGCAAAGUAACAAAGGUUGUGAUGGCAUUAUUACAUCUACACAAUUUUCUCCGAAGAAAUGAUGAAUCGAGGCAUUUAUACGAAUACUACGCGUUUCAAGGUGAUAGAAGAAAUGCCACAAAUGACGUGGGAAUAAACGUAGGAGAGGCUGAAGAAACUAACGCUGAAAAUGCAAAUAUUGAACCAAUAAUGCUGUACAAUUUUUCGCCCGGUGAAAUUGUCAGGGAUGAAUUUGCUGAGUAUUUCUGCUCGCAUCAAGGAAAAGUUCCUUGGCAAAAUAAGUAUUAAAAUUUAUUAAUAUGUACUAAAAUCAGUGUAGCUAGCUAGAUUUGUGUUGAUAAUUAAAUAAAUAUGUUGUAGUAUAGAUUUUAGUUUUUUAUUUACUACUAACUAGCAACCCGGCCCGGCUUCGCACGGGGAUUUCUUACAAUUAUGUUUUGUAUGAAAAAACUUUCGAGAAUAAACUGUUUGAAUAUAAUGUAAACUGCAAUUAAUUUCGUUGAAUAAAACAAAUACAAAUGCUAACUUUGUUUUAUACUAUGUAGUCUAGGUACACUAAUCUACACUAAUAUUAUAAAGAGGGAAACUUUCUUUGUUUGUUUGGUUGUAAUGAAUAGGCUCAAAAACUACUGGACUUAUUUUGAUGAAAUUUGAAAGAUAGACUAAACCUUUAGGAGUAACAUAGGCAAUUUAAAAAAAAUCCCAGGAACAAACAUUUUAAUAACAUAGCAAUCGACCGGGGCUUCGGUUGCGUUAAAUUUCCUUUAUUUUAACGUAAUGCUGCACUGAAAACUAUGUUGGCCGUCGUAUUUGUAAGUGGCAACAAAACAUAUUGAUUUUCUGGAGAUCCUACUCGAGAAAGAGCAACAUAUAAUUGCCCAUGCGAAAAGCACUCCUUUCUGAGGUCGAUGCCAACAAUCGAAAAUGUUUGUCUCUGGGAUUUAUUUAUAGUGAGGGCAAAUGAGACCUUUACAGGAAACUGUAACCUUUCAAAGUAUAUACUUAGGUAAAUCCGUCGGUAUCAUUGGGAUCCCUAUCGGUAAUGUAACUAUUGGAUUUUUGCAUGUUAAGCCGAUUUUAAUUAGAAGUACCGGUUUAAAAAAAUUACAUAAAUAUACACCCUCAAUAAAAAAUUUAUUUAAUUCGAAAACGCAAUCAUUCACUUUUAAUUUUUUUAAUAGCGCCAUCUGUCGUUCCAUACUAUAAACUGGCAAAAUUUCAAAUUUUAAUAAAAAUUUUUGCAUGUUAAGCCGAUUUUAAUUAGAAGUACCGGUUUAAAAAAAUUACAUAGAAAUACACCCUCAAUAAAAAAAAAUAUUUAAUUCGAAAACGCAAUCAUUCAAAUUUAAUUUUUUUAACAGUGCCAUCUGUCGUUCCAUACUAUAAACUGGCAAAAUUUCAAAUUUUAAUAAAAAAAUUUUGCAUGUUAAGCCGAUUUUAAAUAGAAGUACCGGUUUAAAAAAAUAACAUAAAAAUACACCUUUAAUAAAAAAAAAUAUUUAAUUCGAAAACGCAAUUAUUCACAUUUUAAUUUUUUUAAUAGCGCCCUCUGUCGUUCCAUACUAUAAACGGGCAAAAUUUCAAAUUUUAAUAAAAAUUAAUCAAAAUGUCAAUGAAUAUAAGAAAUAUUUUCUAAAAAUCAAUAAAAAUAAAUAAAAUGAAAAAAAAAAAACUUACACACGGGUACCACGGAUCGAACCAUC